GGAGGAAAUGAAAUGGCGUAAGUGGGUAGAUGACUGGCUGGUUCAUCUCAUUUCACCCAAUGUCUACCGCACUCCUGGAGAAGCCCUGGAAUCUUUUGACUACAUUGUGCGGGAGGGGAAAUUCGGACCUUUUGAAGGAUUUUUUGCGAAGUAUUUUGGAGCAGCCGCCAUGUUCUUUGUCAGCAAGAGGCUUAAAUCUAGACACCACCUUCACGAUGACGUCCGGCAGGAUCUGUACAAAGCAGUUGAUCAGUGGGUGGCUGCCAUUGGCAAACACAGGCCAUUCAUGGGUGGAGAGUUGCCCAACCUUGCUGACCUGGCAGUCUAUGGUGUACUUCGAGUAAUGGAAGGUUUGAAGGCAUUUGAUGACAUGAUGGCAAACACCAAGGUCAAGGCAUGGUAUAAAAGAAUGGAGGAAAAUAUCCAGAAAGGUCAAGCAAUAAAUUGCUGCAGCAACCACUGAGAAAAUCAUGAAAUUCCAGUUGCAUUUUACUGCUGCUAACAGUUCCAGAUGGGUGAUACGACCUGAUUUUUAACAGAGUGCUGUGAGAUGUGUGGACAAAAGAAACUAUGCUUUAAGAACUGCAACCACCUAUCGCUCAUCCUCAGUUAAUCAAUGAUAUGCUUCCACUGUAACCGAAACAUUUAAUACAAUGUUACAUUUAGAGUUUAAAUAUUGCUUGAAUCCAGAACUGGGGAUUGGCCGGAUACCAGAGCAGAAAUUGGUGAAUGGAAUCUUCUUCUGCUUUACUUCAAACUCCAGUUGCAGUGUCUUAGUGGAUUUAUGCAUUAUAGGAUUUCACGUUGAUGACAGGGUAAAACUACUUAGCACCAAUGCUGCAAAGUAUAAAUGAAACUGAAAAGGUAAUUUAAAUAACGACCUGUAGAAAUAAUAAAACAAAAGCUCUUUUAAAAAAAAACAGAAAACUUUAUCAAUUAAGCAGUGCGGUGUCUGUGACAUAUCUCAAAGAAAUACAAGACCCGUUGGUCAGGCACAGCAAAUUCCAUGGAGAUAUCAGAUAUUAUUAAUGAUUCAGGUAAAAAGCCUAAGUCUGAAUUGAUAAAAAUGAGCAGCAUUGGAAUAGGAGCAAAACAAGAAGGAAACGUGCUUAAAUGUGAUAAUAGAAUAUCCAUUUUUCCCUUCCCUUCUUGUUAUAAUUUGAUUUAAACGAUCAUUUCUCAAUUCUGAUGAAGGGUUACAUCUAAAAUAAUCAUUUACAAACAGGAGAGUUGUUUGUGUUCCUGGCCAGCAUUUAUUCCUCAGACAACAGAAACACUGAGGAUAUAUUACUCUGGUCAUCUUCACAAUGCUGUAUAUAUGAGAGGUUGUGAAUAAACUAGCUGUCACAUUUCCUAUGUUACAAUAGUGACUACAUUUCAAAAUUGCUUUGGAAUGUCCCCAAAGAGCUGCAAAGUGCAAUGUAAAUCUUGCCCUCCUUUAUAAAAGCCCACCUGAAGUCAUCCUGAUGUUAUUUGGUGUAAAAUUACUGAGGAAGAUGUCAUUAGAUUCGUGGCUGUUUGUAAGUUCUGGCUGCGACAGAGAGAAAGACACAGUUAUCGAGGUAUGAAAAGUCAACAGGAAAUGACUGACUACCAAGUACAAUAUACACAGUGCUGGAUGGAAGACUGAUUAAUUUCUAUUUUAUCUGCAUGGCAGUCAUUUGACAGGUUACACAGAAGUUGAAAAUCUGAUAUGUUUACUAGACUUAAGAUGUCAUCCCCAAUUUAUGUUUCUCUUUUACUUCUCUUUUUAUAAAUUAUUUUGGCAUGUUUGUUUGCUGAAGCUGUGCCCUUUUCACUUCUCCGUAGCAAGUGGAAAUGAAUUUAUUGUUUUGAGGGAUAGCGAGUGCAUCAGAGUCUGACAGGAUGUAUUUGAGAACCCUUUUUUUUUGUCUUAAAUGUUCCUUACUCACAGGAGUUUGUGAAAUGGAAUUUCUUCAAAUAAAUCUUGGCAGGGUCUUAGAGGUUAGAGGGGUUCCCUGGCUACAGAUCUGUAUCUGGCUGAUGUAAGUAGUAUUUAAUAAAAAGAAUAAGAAUUUUAA